AUGACGAAGCAGGGCGCGCGCGAACCAGCGCGCCCAGCGCAAUCUACAGGUCACUGGUUACGCGAGAGGAAGCCUGUGGACUACGUUCGAUCUGUUCACGGAUUUACCCGUGACCCUUCCAGCGAUGAAGACUACGUUGAUGACCCAUUUGCGACGACAGACGGCAAAUGA